CUGUUUGCUUAUUAUUAUGAGAAGGUGCUUGGUUAGAGUUUUCAAAGGAGGUUAUAACCUUUGAAGGAGCUCUUUGUAGCCUGGGAAGUUAUUUUAUUUCUACUUAAAGGAUCAGGUCUUUAUAAUCUUACUUAGUUAUUAUGUGUUCAUCCGUAAACAUUUUCAACUCUAGAAUUUGUGCUCAAGAAAUAUAAGUGGCAAUAAUAUCAAAUACCACUUUAAAUGGUGUUUAGCCCCAAAGAAGAGAUAAAUGUUGGAAUUGCUGUAAUAUUUCAGAUCACAUCAUUAAUGAAAUCACUGCAUUUAUACUGAGUGGUAACAAUCAUUGUUGCAUAUUUUUCCAAUUACUUGAGAACCUUCUGGGUUUGGUUGCUGGAAUGUUGCCAUGGUCACGUUCUGUGCUGGGUAUGGAGUGGUGCACUGUGGAAUCAGUGGCAACCCAGGAUGCCCAGGCUUGGAACUAGGCUAUCUGAGAAGUCUGCAUUGUGUUGAAGCCACACUUGACAUGGACCAGAAGGUUCUGAAGAAACUGGUGGAAUCCAUCAGUAAUACUGUCAAGAGCUUAAAAAAAAGUGAAGUAGAGUGUCUAAGAAUUUUUCACAGCUUGGUGGAAAGAGCUGAUGUAAGACUUGAUAACACUAGACUAGAUCGUAACACAUUUCGAGCCAUCCUGCACAGCAUAUUUGGAAUGACUGAUGAUAUGCUAAUGAAUAGGGUAUUUUUUGCAUUUGACAAAGACAAUGGUAACUACAUAAAUGUGAAAGAGUGUGUUAAAGGAUUAUCAGUGUUUCUUCGAGGCACUUUUUCUACGCGGGCCUCUCACUACAGUUAUUUUCCAUGCAAAAUUAAAAACUACUCUAUCAUUUAUCAAGGAAUUAUCUCCUCUCUAGGAUUAUGA